CCUGGGUAACAGGUCUCUGUAUACGCGUUACUAUGACACCCGGCACUCGCCAGGCAAUGGCUGCUGCGGGGUGCACUGGGGAUGCGGUGCCCGGGAGCCUGUGGCACCAGAUCUGUGAAGAAUAUGAACUGGAACAACCAUCUUUACCUGUGAGUUUAAAAGCAAGAGGAAAACCAGCGAUACGAGAGAAAGUUAAACAGCACUUAAACGUUGAUGAAUCUGAUGCUAAGAUAUCAUCUUCCACACAACGGCCUGAUCCAAAGACGUGUUCACCUCAGAAAUAUUUGGAAAACUACAUAUUUCCCGUGUUAUUACCAGCAAUGGCUGAAAUGCUGGUUGAGGCAGAGAAAGAAAAAUGCUUUUUGAAAAAAAGGACAAAAUUCAUUGCAUGUGACUUUCUCACCCAGUGGCUUUACAAUCAAAAUCCAAUAAGGAAAAAUCCACAGUGUAAAGACUUCAUUGAGAUUCCAUUUGUUCAUGAAUGGCUGAAGGAGCAUCCAAGACCACCCAUUCCACUAUCUCUACUACUAUCAGAUGAGGAGGCAGCGACACUGAUACAGUCAUUUUGGAAAGGGUAUCGGGUGCGUUGUGAUCCAGAAGUCCAAGAAUUACGCCAGUGGCAAAAAAAUCUCAGAGAGUCUAAGGAUAUUUCUAAAAAAGUGCAAGAAUUCUGGGACAAACAAGAAAGUAAAGUGGAAAUGGAAUUCAAGGAUCUGGAGGACAAAUGACUCCAAAUUAUGCUGAUGUUUUAUUAAAGUGUUCUCACAAACUCCACGAAUAUAGUAACUUAAGGCAGCAUUACCACCUAGUAACAUUAAUUACUAAGGUGCCCCUACCAGGGCCAUCAUAACAUAUAGGCACACUGGGAAGAUGCCCAGGGACCCACGAUUCUAGGGGCCUUUCAGCAGAGGUGGGCUGGGUCGGCAUUCCAUACCUGUCUCCCAGGCUGCAACAAGUAACCGAAUGGUGUCUGCUUAAUGACUGGUGGAUGGCUGGCGCUAUCCACCAAUCAGACUGCAGUACUCUCUGGCUGUCAGUUUGCUGAUUGGUAGAUGGUUGGAGCUAUCCAGCAAUCAGAGUGCUGACGGCCAUUCACUGUAUGGAAGCAUAUGGAGAGUCAGUUCAGGACCAGAGGAGGGGUAAGUUAUGAUUUUUAAAAAUGUAUUCCAGUAAAUAGGUGGGUAGGGGCCCCAGUGCAUUACUUUGCCCAGGACCUUCAAUGCUAUUAAGACAGCCCUGGCCCCUCCACCAAACCGAAACCCUGGGCCUUUAUCCCCACAGCUUCUCCGUUUCUCAUACAGCCUUAGGAAAAAGAUGGAAGGAGGACCAAUCACAUUAUUAUAGUACUCUAGAACUGGCAGAGCAUCGAGGAAAACAGCUGCGGCAGAUAGCCUGAUGGGCGCCAUCUCUGACUAGGAGGGGUACCUUAGUAAAAUAUUACCCUAGGUGGUAGUGCAGCUUGUAAGAGAAAGUACCUGUUUACUUAGAAUGUUAUGAUGUAUUAUUACUUUAGAAAUGUACAUAUGGUAAUUGACAUAGAAAAUGCAAAAUGUAUUAGUCUAUAAAGGGAUAUUCACCACAAAGAGAAUAAAUGGUAAAGUCUUUAUUUUCUGUUAACAGCAUAUUGAAAAUAAAACAUUUCCCAUGCUAUACAAA